UAAUAAUUGAUAGAUCAUAGACCUCAGUCCCCUUGCUUCUCUCUCUAGCCCGCUCUCCUUCUCUGACUAUGUAUAUCCUCUCUGCUACGUUUUCAUCCACCACAUUCCUCAAGCCUAGGGUUUCUUCUUCGUCUUCGUCUUCGUCGGUUUCGUCGUCGUCGUCGUCAUUGUCGUCGGCGUCGUCGACGAGGCUGCGGCUGGUUCCGUUGAGAUCGAGCUCGCGGCGGAGCAACUCGGCGUGUCCUUGCUCGUUUUACUCGGCCUCGAAGGUCAGAGCCAUGGCGGAGAUGGUCAAGGACAAGGAGGAGAAGGAGGAGUCUUUGUCGGCGGUUGAGAGCGCGCAGCGGCGGGAGACUAGGCAUUCGCGCACGUUUCUCAAUGUCACCAGUGAAGCAGAGCUGCUGUCUGCAAUUAGGCUGGAAACUGAAGCUGGAAGACUUCCUGCAAAUAUUGCUUCAGGAAUGGAGGAAUUAUAUUGGAAUUACAAAAAUGCUAUUCUCCAAAGUGGAAGUCCCAAGGCAGAUGAAAUUGUUCUGUCAAAUAUGACUGCGGCAUUAGAUCGUAUAUUCUUGGAUAUAGAGGACCCAUUUGUCUUCUCACCAUAUCACAAAGCGCUGCGAGAGCCGUUUGACUACUACAUGUUUGGACAAAAUUAUAUUCGUCCUUUAGUUGAUUUCAGAAAUUCAUAUGUUGGUAAUAUAUCUAUUUUCUAUGACAUGGAAGAGAAACUCCGACAGGGUCACAACAUUAUUUUGAUAUCAAAUCACCAAACUGAAGCAGAUCCAGCUGUCAUUGCCUUGUUGCUUGAAACAACAAACCCACAUCUUGCUGAAAAAAUGACCUACAUAGCAGGAGAUAGAGUUGUGACAGAUCCUCUUUGCAAGCCCUUCAGCAUUGGAAGGAAUCUUAUAUGUGUUUACUCAAAAAAGCACAUGAAUGAUGUUCCUGAGCUUGCGGAAAUGAAAAGAAAAGCAAACACAAGGAGUUUGAAGGAAAUGGCUAUGCUAUUGAGGGGUGGGUCACAAAUUAUAUGGAUUGCACCAAGUGGUGGAAGGGAUAGGCCAGAUCCUGUGACAGACGAAUGGUUCCCAGCACCUUUUGAUGCUUCUGCACUGGACAAUCUAAGAAGGCUUGCUGAACAUUCUGCUGCUCCAGGGCAUAUAUAUCCCUUGGCAUUAUUGUGUCAUGACAUCAUGCCUCCUCCACGCCAAGUGGAAAAAGAAAUUGGGGAAAAGAGAAUGAUUGCCUUCCAUGGUACUGGAUUAUCAGUGGCACCUGAAAUCCCUUUCUCUGAAAUCGCUACUUCCUGUAAAAGUCCAGAAGAGGCUAAGGAGGCAUACACACAAGCUCUUUAUAAUGUUGUUACUGAACAAUACAAUGUGCUGAAAUCUGCAAUACAUGGAAAACAAGGACUAAAGGCUUCUACCCCGAAUGUUUCUUUGUCACAAACAUGGAUUUAGUUUAUCUUUCAGCACUAUUCAUUAUUACUCAGCUUUUAUAAUCAGACUAGAUUCUUACCUUGCAACUCCUGACCAAAGUCCCAGUGGUCCUUCAACAGCACAAGUAUGCACUGCGCCAAGAAGAUCUAAUUUUGUAAGUUCACCAUCUAUUAGAUGGAUUCUUUUUGUGGAUAUAUUUAGGCAAGAGCUGAAUUCUUAAGAAAUUGGAGCUGUCUCAAAAUGGUUCAGUUUUCAGGUGUAUACUGUACAGAUGGAGUCAGUUGUUGACAAACAUUGUAAAUUGAACUUUAGUUACUUUGUAGUAGAGAAUUAGUUUAAAGCCAAUUUCGCAGCA